AUGGAAAGUAGAGUGCUAUCUGAGUUUAAAAAACUAGAAAGUGUCAUCCUAAACUUUAAUGAUAGACUAAAUUCUGUAACUGAUCAGGUUUACGACACUUGCCAAAAAGUGAAAAUUGACAAAACAUGGCCAGUACACAAAUUUGAAAAGAAUCGUGAUCAACAUGAAUACGAUUCUUUACGUAUAAUUAGAAAGGAACUCGAUCUUGCAUUAAAAUCUAGAGAUCUAGACGAAGUCGUAAUCCAUAUUGAUCGUGCUCGAAAAGAAACAGAAAAUAGAAUAUUUACUAUACGCGUUGCUGAAGGAUAUGGCUGGAAUAUUGUAUCUGUCUUACCUGAUACCCAAGACGAAUGGAUGAAAGGGAAAAAUGAGUUAAUCGAGAAAGCGAAAACACUAGUGGAUGCAAAAAAGAAUAAAUGGAUAAAAUCCUAUGAAUUUAAUAAAUCGUUGACAUAUCCUUACGCUAAGCAUAGCUCCCAAAACAACUACCAAAAUACUUACCUGCACAGCGAUCAAAACAACUACCAAAAUUCUAACAAAUUUUUUCGUCCCUAUAAUUAA